UGUUGAAAAAAAAAACAGAUACAAUGUUGAGAAAUCCUACAAAGACCUUUGUUAGAUAUAUUGUAACAGAACCAAAACGAUUAAGACUUGAAGGAAAAGUUGCUAUAGUAACAGCAUCCACAAAUGGUAUUGGUUACUCCAUUGCUGAGUGUUUUGCUGAAAAUGGUGCAAAGGUUUUGAUAAGCAGCCGAAAAAAAGAGAAUGUUGAAAAAUCUGUAUUAGCACUGAAAGAAAAAGGUUUUGAUGUUAGGGGCAUGGUUUGUCAUGUUGGAAAAUCUGCAGAUAGAAAAAAUCUCGUAGAAAAGGCAUUAAAUGAUUUCGGAAAAAUUGAUAUUUUUGUUUCAAACGCAGCUGUAAACCCUGUUGCCUGCCCAUUGUUAGAUACACCAGAAGAAGCUUGGGAUAAAAUUUUCGAUUUGAAUCUAAAGUCAAGUUUUUUGUUGGCAAAAGAGGCAGUUCCUCAUUUAUCUAAAACAAGAGGUUCUAUGUUGUUUGUGUCAUCAGUUGCUGGGUUUAUGCCAAUGCCGCUCCUCGGUGCUUAUUCGAUAUCCAAAACUGCACUAUUGAGUUUAGUUAAGGUUUUAUCUGCGGAAUGUGCAUUGAAAGGUGUUCGUAUAAAUGGUUUGGCACCUGGUGUUAUCAAGACAGAUUUUAGCUCAUUCUUAACUAAUUCUGAUCAAAUUAGUGCAUCAUUUCUUGAGCAAACACCAAUGAGAAGAUUUGGUGAGCCUGCAGAAUGCGCUGGAGCUGCCGUAUUUUUAUCUUCAGACGAUGCUUCUUACAUAACUGGAGAAACUAUUGUUAUUGGUGGAGGUUACAACUGUAGACUUUAAAAUUGCAUCUUUAACAUGCAUGAUGCAUAAAAAUUAUGUUAACUCAUCAAAGUUAGACUUUCUUAUGGAAAAAAUCUCUUGCUUAACUUAUUCUGCCUAUUGUGCAACACAAUAUCUGGUAGUUAAGAUGUAGUAAUUAAAUAAUUAUAAAUAAAGUAAAUAUUCUUGUAA